AUGGACGCGCAGCCAGACGCGAGCCGAGCAGCAUGGCAGUUCUCAAAUCCUGACGGGGAGGCCAGCCGUGCUGACAAUGACAUGCAAAAUGGUCACUCAGUGAAUGGGGCCCAGGCCAAUGGAGUGUCCGGGUCCUCAGACCACUCAGGUGUGGAUGGCAAGGUAGAAGCAGACAGCGAGAGGGGGGACUGGCCUCUGUCAGCCAGCUGGGGCCACCAGAAGCCUCACAAGAUGAGGGAUACACCUCAUGUGGUCAAUGAGGGCCAACUGGCGUACGAGCUGCUGCUCGCCCUUCAGGGUAUUGUGCCAGCAAUCCUGCGGCUCGACAGCGGGCAGUUCCAGACGGAGAGCUUGAGCCAGGCCAGCCUUUUGAAUUUGUUGAGACCCUCCAUUCAAUCAGGUGUGCUGAGGGCCAACCUGGACACACAUCUGUCAAAGAUGACAUUCCAGGCCAUGUCCGGCCCCGCCCCAGACCCAUGCUUGCAGGCCUUUGCUGCAGCGGCGAUCGAGAUUCUGCGGGAGCAGUCGGUCGCGCUGCAGAGCGUGGCGGAGUCUGUCCGUCUGAGGCGCAAGGCGGAUCUGCAGAACAGCAUCCGGGGGGUGACCCCGGGAUCACUGCGGCACCACCUGGCGUGCGUGGGAGUCACUGCGGCCGCGGAUGAUGACCUCACCGUCUUGGAGGUCACCGUGCACACGCGAACACUGCAGGCACAACUGCGAGCCCUGGCGACUGUGUGCGGCCUGAACUCGCCCGGGGCACGAUUCUCAGGCGCGGAGCUGCUGGAUCACCUGCACGCAAACUUGGAGGCUGCAGACGACGCGGCAGCGCCCCUGCUGCGGCGGCUGUUGUUGGCAGCGUACCGCCCCUAUGCAGAGCAGCUGGAGGGCUGGCUGUUCCGGCCGGCCACCUGCCUGCCGCGCAGCUCCGCCUUCUGCGCCCAGCUCCCAGCCCACUUCGCAAGCCUGCUGCCAAAGACAGCCUCCGCCCAGGCCGUGCCAUGCAGCGUGCCGGCGUUCCUGCAGGCAUGGCAGGGGCAGAUUGUGGCGGCGCAAGACACGGCCAUUCUGGAGCGGGAGGCAUUCAUCUCCUCCCAGCUGGCUGAAGCAGCGGCUGCUGCCAAGAGAGAAGGGGUCACCCAAUCAAGACAUGCUGGGUUCAGUCCUGAGGGCGCUCGAAACAGCAAGUUUGCCGCCCACGAGCCGGCCUUCCUUGGCACCAUGCGCGUACUCACCGCUGCCAGCCCUUCCAGGCCGCAGCAGUGCACUGUCCUCCCCCCCGCCAGCAGCCCCGCCAGCACCGACAGCAUGGCAAGCAUCAGCAGAAGCAGCAGCAGCGCCGCUUCUGUCUGCAGAUCUGACAGCAGCGAAGCCAGCAGCGCUGACAGCAGCCCUGGGGAACCAGUGCACUCCCUCAAGGCGCGCAUGGGGGCACUCCCAGACCUGGGCGCUCCGCAGCCUUCUGCUCUGGAGAUGACGUCCGCGAACGGCGUUUCAAUGAAUGGCCACGGCCCCAGGCUCCCCAAGCCCUGGAUGCUGGGCCGGCAGAACGGCGCACCAUCUCGCGCGGCCAUCACCGGCCCGGCGUGUGACAGCGAGUGCGACUCGGACGACGAGGAGGAGACGGUGCCGCUGGGGGCGGCGGUGGAGGCAUGCAUCGUGCGCCGCGUGCUGUCGCAGUACGCCUGCACCGGCAGCGCAUGCAUCAGGUGCCUGGAGCAUUUGGGGCUGGGGGAGGCGUUGGCAGCUCUGGAGCGCUAUGCCUUCAUGGGCGCGGGGGACUGGGCGGCCGCGCUUGUGCAGCAGCUGGCUGAUGCCAGCAUUUCCGUGGAGGUCCCCGGGCCGCACGACCUGCACCGCAUGCUGGACGCCACCGUGCUGGCGUCCAGCGCAGCGGAUGACCCCUGCUCUGCCGCGCUCAGCCUGCGGCCUGGGAGAAGUCACAGUGCUCUGAUAACACAGCGCAGGCACUCAGCCGUGCUGGGCCUGCAGCUUGGCAUGGAUGUCAGGUGGCCCCUCUCCAUUGUCAUCAGCCAGGGUGUCAUAGCGCAGUACAAUGAAGUUUUCGGAGUCCUGCUGGAGCUGCGCAUGAUGAGCUUGCAGCUGCAGCGGCUUUGGCUGGAGAGCGUGCAUCGACAUGGUCUGGAUGACAGGGCGUGGGUCUCUGCAGCCACCUUGCAGCGAGUGAAGGAGCUGCGCAGCUUCCGGACAGCCGCCGCGCAGCUGCUAGAUGCCGUGCAGGGCUACAUGUAUGCCCAGCUGCACAGCACAUCCCUCUCAGCUCUCCUACAAGAUAUCAAGGGCAGCAGAGAUCUUUUGGAAGCACAGGCGGCUGUCUCUCGCUACCUCUCUGGAGCGCUACAUGCCUGCUUGCUGGACACGGACAUGCAGCACUCAGCGGAGCUCAUCGCGCCUGUGCUGCAAGCCAUCUGCGACUGCCUCGCUGCAACACUACCUGCCCUGAGGUCCACUGAUGGAAACCUUGUCGAGGCCGUCAUGUCCGAGAGGCUCUGGCAGCGCAUGCAUGUCCCUCUGUGCGCCUUCAAUGCGCACAUGCGCACACUUGUGUCCCAGUCAAAGCAGUCUGCAGAUCAGGAAGUCCUGCAGUGCGUUUUGGCGUAUGUAGUCGUGAACGACCACUGGGUGAAGGAGUGA